AUGGCUGACAAUCGAACUCUAAGGGAACUCACAAGCUCCCAACUUGAACCAACAACCGUUGUGCAUUGCAUACCAGCAGUUGGAGGAAGUACUAAUGUUGAGAUCAAAAUCCGGUCUAAUUCAUCUAUUGCCGCAAGUGGUGGAGGGCUAGUGAAUAAGACUCCAGGAGAUGCAACUAGGUUGAUUGCAGAGCUAGCAGAAAAUUCUAGGCAAUUCAGUCAGAGAACUCCCACGCGCCGGGUGAAUUUAGCAAAUUCGAAUACAACUGAGUUAGAGAGUCAAGAAUCCACAGCAACUGAAUGCUUGUGGUUUAUGCACCUCCAUGGACAUCCCACUGAUGCAUGUCCUCAAUUACAAGAGGAGCAGAAUGAGCAGGCCAACGCCUUAGGUUUUCAAGGGCAAGGUCCGCAGAGAAGAUAUGAUCCCUUUUCAAAUAACCUACAACCCAGGAUGGAGAGAUCAUCCAAAUUUGAGAUAUGGGAAUUCCAAGGAAACCAACAACAUCAGCAUGCUCAAGGUCAACAACAGUUUCAGCAAUAUAGGGCACCGUUCCUAACACCUCAAGGCCAAAGCUCUAAUUCAGGUAAUAUGUCAACUGAAGAAAUGAUUAGAUCACUAACUUCUAAUGUUUCUACCAUGCAGCAGAAUAUGAUGCAGUUUCAACAAGAAACCAGAUCAAGUAUUCAAAACCUGGAGAAUCAAGUCAGUCAAAUCUCAAGUGCAGUAAGCCGACUUGAAGCUAAGGACUCUGGAAAGCUUCCAUCCCAAACGGAGCUGAACCCUAAGCAACAAGUUAAUGCAAUAACAUUGAGAAGUGGCAAAAAGUUGCAAGAAACUGUAGUUGCACCUAAGAAGGCUAAAGACUUGAUUGGAGUUGAGGAGGAGGAAGUAGAACAAGAAACUAAGGCGAAUCCGCCAACCUUUACCUCUUAUGAGCCUGUGCCACCUUUCCCAGAAGCCUUGCAAGAUACUCGAAGGUAUGAGAAAGACAAGGAUAUUUAUGAGACUUUCAGCAAAUGUGGGUAA